CAGGCCCAAACCGCAGCCGAACGAACAGAACAACAAAAAACAUUUGUUUCAUUUUUUUGAUUAUUAAAAAUGGUUGCUGCUCGGUAUCAACACAAAGUCACAUCAGUUUAGCCCAGUUACGUGAGACAGCCAGCAAUCAAAAGUCCUGUUGUACGGCCGGAUUGUGCAUAAAAUACAACGACACACACACAAUAUUGCAACAUUUUCACAAUUCAGGCCUUUUUCCUAGUUGGUUAACAGCUCACGAUGGCUGAGCAGGCUAAAAAGGACAGCAUCGAGGACACCACACAGUGUGCAGUGUUUGAUCAAACUCCUGGCUCGCAGCAGAAAAAGAUCAUUGUUGUUGCGCGUAAUCAUUACACGGUUCAGCGUUUAAUUUCAUUGAUUUCCACACAAUUUGCCUAUGAAAAGUUCGAGUUGCUGCUGCAGCCACAUGGCGAUAAGGAUUUGGUUCAUCUAAAUGCGCUGGAGAGUCAGUUACUCUACGAUGUGUCUGGCUUUGAGCGUAAGCUUAAGAAUAAUCUUGUGCUGUUGCCGCAGGGAACUUGGGAUGGCAAUGUAACCAAGCGCUAUGAGCUGCCCAUGAAGAAGACAACGGUCAAGAAGGUGGCAGCCGGAGACAGCAACGAAGGUGUGGAGAAGGAGAAAAAGAAGAAAACCACAACAACAACGACAGCAACUGGCGAGAAGAAGAAAAAGUCAGCCAGCAAAAGCAAGACAAGCUCAAGUUCUCCCACCAAAGAGGAGGACACUGAGCCUGCCACAUCCACGCCCACAACGCCGGUCAAGAAGAGCACCAAAUUGAAAGCAAAACCCAGCGAGAUCAGCUUGAAAAACACUACGGAACAGUUGAUGGAGGAAUCAAUACCAGAAGCACUUCCAUUGCCCGCUGAGUUCCCCAUUGAUGGGUUAACCAACAUUGAAAUUGGCGAACAAUUGUUGCCAUUGCCACAUGAACUAUUCAACAUUAGUCCCGUCUCGGAUAUCGAGCCACUAUCGGAUGAUGAUCUAGCUCUAGGAGCCUCGGCAAGUCCCACAAUGAUGGGACCACCUUAUGAAUUUGGCAAUGCCGGACCCACAGAGAGCGAUCUGUUGGCUGCCACAACAGAUUGCGUGGAGGCCGGCGAGAAAACCGAGGAUGAAGCUAGACAAGAUUUGCAAUUCUCCAAUUUCUUUGGACGCAAAUACGGCGGAGAUGAAGUGCCCGCCUGGCAGCGUGGAAACAGCACCAAAGUGGCAACAACAACUGCUGAUUUUGUGACGGAAACGGAGAAACGAAAUUAUGUGGGAUUGGUUAAUCAGGCCAUGACCUGUUAUCUCAACAGUUUACUGCAAGCUCUGUAUAUGACACCUGAAUUCCGUAAUGCCUUGUAUCGCUGGGAAUUUGACAAUGACAACGAGGCCAAGAAUAUACCCUAUCAACUGCAGAAGCUCUUUCUCAAUCUGCAAACAUCGCCCAAGUCAUCGGUGGAGACAACAGAUCUGACGCGCAGCUUUGGCUGGGAUUCCACAGAGGCCUGGCAACAGCAUGACAUCCAGGAGCUGUGUCGCGUCAUGUUUGAUGCUUUGGAGCACAAGUUUAAGAACACAAAGCAGGCAAAUCUCAUUUCCACUUUGUACGAGGGCAAAAUGAAUGAUUAUGUCAAGUGUUUGGAGUGCAAUACAGAAAAGACCAGAGAGGAUACCUUUUUGGAUAUACCACUGCCAGUGCGUCCAUUUGGCAGCAGCUCCGCCUACGGCAGCAUCGAGGAGGCAUUACGUGCCUUUGUCCAGCCGGAGACACUCGAUGGCAACAAUCAGUAUCUGUGCGAGAAGUGCAAGAAGAAGUGCGAUGCCCACAAGGGCCUACACUUCAAGUCCUUUCCCUACAUCCUCACGCUGCACCUGAAGCGCUUCGACUUUGACUAUCAGACCAUGCAUCGCAUCAAGCUCAACGACAGAGUGACUUUCCCGCAGUGUCUCAAUCUGAACAGCUUUGUGAAUCGCACUCCCGCUCAUUGUGAACCGUACCAGAUGAAUGGCAACAGCAAUGUGGAUGAUUGCAGCACGGCGGACAGCGGAUCCGCCAUGGAGGAGGACAACUUAAGCAGCGGCGUCGGCACAACAGCGAGUUCCAGUCAGCACGAGAACGAUUUGAAUGACGAGGACGAGGGCAUCGACAUGAGCAGCAGCACGGGCAAGAGUGGCAACAUGGAUCAGCGACUCAAGCAGGAACCAGGUCCAUAUCUCUAUGAGCUCUUUGCCAUUAUGAUACACUCGGGCAGCGCAUCGGGCGGACAUUACUAUGCCUAUAUCAAGGAGUUUGAGAACAACGAUUGGUUCUGUUUCAACGAUCAAAAUGUGAAUCCUAUCACCCAGGAGGACAUUCAGCGCUCCUUUGGCGGUCCCAAUGGCAGUUACUACUCGAGUGCCUACACGUCCAGCACGAAUGCGUACAUGCUGAUGUAUCGCCAGGUGGAUGCCAAGAGGAAUGAGCCGGCUGCCAAGUGCAGUGAGUUUCCGGAGCAUAUCAAGACGCUGCUGCCGAAGCUGCAUGCGGAGGAGGAGACGCGGGGAACGCGUCUGGGCAGGCACAUCACAGUCACAGAUCUGGCGUUGCCGGAUCUGUACAAGCCGCGUGUUUACUUCUAUAAUCCCACGCUGAAGAAGCUGAAGAUGACGCGGGUUUAUAUCUCCAAUAGUUUCGAUGUGAAUUUAGUUUUGAUGUCCGCCUACAAAAUGUUGAAUGUGGAGCAAUUUGCUCCGCUAUCGCGUUGUCGUCUAGUUGCCUAUGACUCAACCAUGGAUUCGAUUCUGCAAUCUCUGGAGAGCUAUACGGAUCCGGCGUUGACGGAACUGCGUUCCGCGCAUAAUUGUAAUCUGGACUUUUUGUUGGAGUAUCGUGCGGAGGAUCAAGAGUUUGAGAAUUAUGGCAGCGAUGGCGCCACGUGGUAUGUGUUUAUUGUAGAUCUCUCGACCAUGGCGAUGGACGGUCCCUUCCUGGUUUAUUCAGCAGCCCGCAAAUCCAGCGACGUGCUGCGUCAUUCAAUUGCCACACGGCUGCACAUUAACGAGCAGCAGUUCCUGCUUGCCACCGUGCGUGGCAGAAGCCGCCAGGCCUUUGUCGCCUACGAUCCACAGCCGACACCGGAGGCGGAGGAGCGUCUCCAGGACUUGGCCAUUUCACAAUUCAAAUAUAUCACAUACUUUUACUUGGACGUGCCUAACACUGAUCCCAGCAGCCUCGAGCAGCUGGGCGUGCCCAGCUGUGAACCCAUUGCAGCUGCUCCAGAGCCGCUGACAAAUGGAUGCGCCGGCGGAGAUGUCGUGGAUGCGGCCAUGAUGAAUGGCAUUCAUGACAGAGCUGGAACUGGAGCGGGAUCAAUGGAGAAUGGCCACAACAAUGACUGUGAUUGGCGUCGCUACAAGCGGGAGCAACGGGAACAGGCUGAUCCGCUAGUGCCCCUGGCCACGCCCGGCCACGAGUCCAACUCGGAGGACAGCAGCCUGAGUGACGGCGAUCGCACUCUGGUGGAGAACAUUGAGAACAGCAUGCAACAUCGUGGUGGCGGCGACAGUCAAGUCAGCUCCACCAGCCACUCUCCGCAACUGUCCAGUCCCGAGGAUGAGGCCGCCUCCCAUGAUGCCAUGAUGCGGGUGCACGCCUACUGCAAUGGCAACGGCAAUGGCAUCUAUGCCAGCGAGACAGGGGAUGAGGCGGGAGACGCCAGUGCAUCACUGCCCCACAGCACAGCCACACACUUUUUCCAUGCCAUCAAAAUCGAUCGAGUGGAGGCGACGACGACCUCCGCCUCCUCCAGCGGACACCAAUCCGACGAGGAGUCGGCGCAACUGCGCAAACCAACGCAGUGCUACAAACUCUUGGUGAGAUCCCUGAUGCGCAUGGGUGACUUUAAGCGGCACAUUGAGCAGCUGAUACGCGUCCCGGGCGACUACUUCCGGUUGCACGAGCUGAACCGGAAGCAUGAAAAUACCAUAAGCAACAGUCAGAACAACAAUUCCCUGGUCUAUUUCAAUGAGGGCGAAACUCUGACCGUGGAACUGGGCAAGACUUUAGAGGCGGAUGAGCACAAGGCCAAGAUCUACUUUUUACGUCUGGCCGAUCUGGACAAUGAGACCGCCAAGCUGCCGUGUGUGUGUGAAUGGGUGUACACCUCCACCACCACAACGGAGCAGGCCAAACGGGAGCUGGUGGCCAAGUUGCAUCGCAUCGAUGCCAAGUACGAAUCCCUCAACGUGGACAAUUGCCGCAUCUGGCUGAAAGGCGGUCGCAGUCCCAUCAAAAUACUCGACAACGAGGACACACUGUACUGCGACACGCGUUCCACAAUUGCCGCCGAGUUUAUACUGCAAGAGUGCGCGGAGGGAGUCGUGGCGCAACCGAAGGAGGAUUCUUUAACCAUAUUCGUGCGCCGCUGGUGUCCAUACAAAUGGGAGUUUGGCAAAUUCCAGGAGAUCACCAUGGACAAGGACAGCGAGAUCAGACGUUGUAUAUCCCAAAUCUGCGAUAUUACCGUAGACCGCUUAAGUUAUGUCAAGGUGAACAGCAGCUUUCCCCACACGAGCAUAUCGGCAAUAAGCGUUGACUCCAUGAGUUGGUUCUCUGUUCCCGCCACGUUGGACAUGUAUCCAUUGUCCUCAACGUUAUGCGGCAACAUGUAUUUGUACAAAGAUAAAAGUGUGCAGACGCGAGAAUUGUCGGAGGAGGAGCGUCGCUCGCUGAACAACAAGGAGAAGGCGCGUCUGGAUCGCUUGGGUUGCAUUUCAACGACGCGUUAUUCGCAGCGACGUGAACGAGCGCUUAAAAUCUAUUUGGACUCACCCGAGAAGCCGAGCAAUGUGACAGCCUCAGCGCCAGUUGAUGCACAUGCCGAACAUUAAUAUGAGAUGUCAUCAUCAACACACACACAGACACAUAUAUAUUUCAAAACAUAAGCACUAUGAUUAAAUCCUCCUCAUAGUCCGAUCCGUGUGAAUGACAACGCCAGCGUCCAACUCAUUUUCUCUCGCUCUGAUUAUUUUUUAGAGACCGGUCCGAUCUGUUUUGUUCACAUUCAUAUUCUCGUAACAAUCUAAUAUUGUAAUUUGUUUUGUUGUUUCAUUUGUUGGCGUCUGUCGGCUCGGUUGGUGAGGGGGAUAGGGAAAAGGAGGAGGGUGUCCUAGCAACAAUAACGAUAAACUACAAAAAUUAUGAUUCUUGCUACUUUUUGAGACUGUGUACAAUUUUAAUUACAUGCAAGAUAAAUUCAAAAUAAAUGGAAGAAAAA